AGAAAUUGUACUAUUGUACAUACAUUUCUAUACGAUUUAUGGAUACAUGUGAAUUUAAUGUGUAAGAGUAAGGAAGAUGAAGAUAAGAUUGUAUAUGUAUGCGAGAGAGAAGGUGUAUGUGUGAAUACAUACGUAAUAUAUAAACUGAACAGCUGAGGUACACGUGCACGUGUUGCUUGCAAAUGUAGGUUAUACGAAACGUAGGAGGAGAUUCCAUAUAAUUUGCAGAAUGAAAUAUAUAAGAAAUUACAUUUCUUAAACCAACAGUUUAAAGAUUUAGACUUAAAGUAUAUAUGUAUUUAGUUUUGUAUAUGUAAAUCAUUCUGGAAUAAUGAAAACCAAUUUGCAAGUUACUGAAACUGGUGUCAACAAAAGGAUGAAAAAAGGGAACGAUGAUGUCGGAGUCCAACAGAUUAAUGGCAAUAUACAGGAUGAAUAUACUGAUACAAAAAUGCUUAAAAGGAAGUUGAAUUCUAGCAAGGAUGAAAAAGCAAAGAAAAAAAAGAAAGAAAAUAGUGAAGAAUCGUUCAUAAAUGGCACAUAUAAUUCAGAGAUUGAACAUUCAAAAUUAGUUGAAGGUAUUGAAGAUAAUAAUGAAGUUGAAAACAAAAAAGAAGAUGAAAAUGAUAAAGAAACAAAUCAUUUGGAUGUAAAGUUCUUAAGGAAAAAUCUUAAUUCUGAAAGAGGCUUAGAUGUCUUAAAACGAUUUGUAAAAAUCUGUAAUGAAAAUAAAGGGAGAGACUUAGCUGCAGAAUAUUUAAAUGAAGGUGGUAAUAUUGUUGAAGUAAUCAAGCUGCUGGGCACAGAUAAAAAGGGGAUUGGUAGUGCCGUAACCGUAUUUUCUGCAGUGAGAAUCUUGUUAAUUAAAAUUCUGACACAAUGUCCACAGUACCAAUCAAGCGCAGAAGGAGCAUGUCGUUACUUGAUUAAUUCACAUCUGUCAUUGAUUUAUUCAAUGCUUUCUGUGCAAAGUAAUACUAAACAGCGAAAAGUAGUUUUACAAUUACUUGCUGCGAUAGUUUCAUUGGGAGGUACUGUUCCACGAGAACUAUUUUCUCAUUUGUCCUUACCAUUGGAAGUAAUUAAAUCCCUUGUUCAACAUACAAAGCCUACAGAUGAUCAGAAUAUAAGGAAUUGUUAUAUUCAUUUUGUCAUUGCCUUCCUAGUCGAAGGCAGUGUACCGAUCAUCAGAGUUCUUUUGGAUAAACGAGAUCUGCUUACUAACAUAUUUCCUGGACUCAUAUAUGAUUCUAAAGAUAUCGUUGCCUUAGUUUUAACAACUCUCAAGAAAUACGUUCUUCAAAAUACAAAUAUUAGUAAGACUAUGAAAUUGCAAAUAUUUUCGACAUCGGUUAUUCAAAAUCUGGUGUGCUUGUACAAUUGGAAAGGUCCAAAUAAUUGGAGAGAUCCAAAAAAUAAAGUGCAGACCGUUAUACAGGACGAGCAUUAUUUUGAAGAAAAGGAAAUUGUUAUUGAAGUGAUACACGAUUUUCUAAUUACAUUAUUAACAUCGCAUCGGCAUGGUAUCAUUUUCCGUGAUCGCAUGCUCGGUAUUUCGCACGUUAAACACAACUACACAGUGAACACGAUACUUCAAAGCUUAGAUCGUCCUUGGGAACAUGAGAAACCAUCGGAUUUGGUGAUUAAAAUAAUGGCAGCGUGUCCAGAUUUAGUCAGGUCUCAAUUUAAUCUUUUGGAACCGUACAUUGAACCUAGAGCUUCAUUAAAAUGGAUUGCAGCAAUUAAAUUUAUAAGAAAGAUAAUACAGUCGGUAGAUGUGGAAGUCUGUAUAAAGACGUCUUUAGAAUUAAAUACAUCGCAAUUGGCUAAUGCGUUAGCAAGUUUAACUUUACCAGGAGUGAUUCUGAAGCAAGCAAUUAUGCCAUCCUUAAUUCAUUCCAAUAUAAUCGUAAGACAUGAGGCGGUAUUAACACUCAUGAUUAUGUUUAAUCAGAUACGAAAGUGUUUAACAACUUUGACUACAGCUUACAAGGGAGACAGUUUCCAUAGUUUUAAACAUUUUAUAACGGAGUACACGUUGAAGAAUAUACCCAAUUUAAAUACGAUAUUAAAAGCUUGGAGUUGUGCUUUCACAUCAGAUUCGAUUGACGAUACUAGCAAAAAUGAGCUAAUCCCAGAGCCAAAGAGACACGAACACUUGAUGGCUAUUUUGGAUUUAUUGCAUAUGUACAAUGAAGUUUGCCCGAAAUUGUUAGACACCUUAUCGGAUCUGCAAGUCGAUGGAUUUUUAAGUAUAUUAAAUACAUUGGACGAUGUUGGUGUUGAUGAAUUUAAUACUAUAAAAGUAAAAGCCAUCAAUUUCCUAGUUAUGUUGUCCCCUAAUGAAUUUUUGCCACACAAGAAAAUAUUUAAAGAUACGCUAUCAUUUUUAAUAUCUGUCUUACACGACGAGACGUCUUCAGUAACGUUACAUAGUAAAAUGACGAUUAAAACUUUAUUGAAUGCUACUGGAAUGUUUGAAGGAUGUCAGGAUCAUUUAGAUAUUUGGGUGAAUGGUUUCAUAAACAUAGAUAAGAAAAAUAAAGUAACGAAAUGGUUCGUUCGUAUUGUAAAGGAAACCACUCAAGAUAUCGAGAAAUACGUGAAUGAAAUAAUUCGAGCAGAAGAAGUUAUUAACGAAGAAAUAGUUAACGUCGGUAGACUGGAAAGCAUAUUCGACGAACUGAUGAAUAAACCGAGCAUUUCUGAAAAUUUUGAAAGCAAUAAUGCUCUACCAAUGCAACGUUUCGCGUCAGUCUCACCACUUUUAUGUUGUGUAUUACAUAAGAUGAAAGAAGACUUGCAUCCUUCAAUUUUAUCUUAUGUUUCUUAUGUCUUAAUACAUACAUUGCAUUACCAAGUAACACCUCAGUGUUUGAUACAUUUAACUAAAGAUAUUGAAGGAUUAUUGGUAAAAGAAUAUUUACUCAGUUGGCUGGAGAGCAAUCAGCCUGUUUACAUUAAAGAAACAUUAUCAUCAACUGCUUUAAUGUCUAAAUUAAAUUCAGCAUUUUUGAGUGAUACGAAAUUACAAGUGAAUGAAAUAUUAGAUGGUGACCGCACAGUUACUUUUCAAUAUAAUGAGGAGACUAUAACAAUUCGUCAUUCCUUGUCAAUAUACGAAAUCACGUAUUUGUUUAAAAUGACCACAUUCUAUCUUACACAAUUUACUAAGCGAGGUACUCUGACAAAGUGUCAAGCUUAUAAUUACAGAAUCUUUUUCAUAUUAUUAUUGCACAUCGCAAAGGACAGUACAGAUAGUUCUCUUUUUGUGGAAGAAUGUGCAAGAACUAUUUUUACUCACCCUGCUAUUUUACAUUACUUCUCACCACUUCAAAAAAGUGAAGACACCGUAAAAAGUAUAAUAACUUUCACGGUGCUCGACGUUUGUAAGGUGGUAACUAAUUUAUGCGCGAAGGCUAAAGUUAAAAAUUUAUUUGUUCAUUUCAAAAAUAAAUUAUUUACUCAGCUGUGUAAAAUGAUCGAAAAGAAACGAAAAAGUGAAAGGAUAAGUGAGGCUGAUGCAGUUAUUACCUUGUUAGAGGUAUUGCAAUUAACACCAAGAGACAUUCUACAUUUGUUGAGAGAAAUUGUAAAAUUAGAAUCCAUUAUGUUCAUUUCGAAAGAUGAGAACAAUUUAUCGAUGUAUGGACAUUUGGUUCCUACGCUUCUGAAAAUUAUUAACACUAACGAAAUGAAAUCCGAACGAAGUGCAUUCUUCGAAUUGGACGCAAAAUUUGUUAAAGAUCUCUGCGUACAUCUCUUCUUUUUCAAGUCUUCCUCAGUUACGAAUGUUGAGAUAUGGGAAACAGCUUUACAUGCAUAUCUUUCAAACUUUCCAUUCAACAUUGCUGGGAUUGAUACUAAUAUAUUUAUAUCACUAUUAUCAACGAAAAUUACAGAUGCAACUGUAGAUUUAAUCUCAUUCUUGACUAAUAAGAAUACAAAAUUCAUACCAAACUUCGUGAAAUAUAUGAUGAAAUCUGAAUCUAUCAAAAUGAACAAUAUCGUCUUGUCAGUAAUUGCAAGUAACUUGGACUUUAAAUGGAAUCCAAGUUUUCUACAAAGUUUAAAGAAUAAUUACGAAGCCGAAAUUCUAUCUUACAUGUGCAAUCCUAAAGAUGAUAAACCGUGGAUACAAAAAAAUAUUAGUGCGGUUUGUUAUUUAAUUAAAACCCAAUUUGAUUUGAAAACAUGUAACGAAACAUGCAAUGCUAUUUUGCAAAUUGGUGAUCGAUUAGAUAUGGUGCCUAUACAUUAUAUAGAACUUCUUCAAAGCAUGUGUAGUAAAUGCGUCACCUCAAACUCAGAGAGUGAAAUACUCAUCAUGAAUUUGACCCAAGUUCUUCUCCACGUAAUUACUUUAACUCUGAAGAAGGAAUCAAAGAAUACCGAAAAACUAAUCAUUCUCUGCGAAGCGUUAGACAGCGCGAUAAACUGUUUAAAGAGUCUAAAAGAAGAUUUUGUAUUCGAGGGAUUAAGUACUAAUCAUUCGUGGGCACAAUUUACUCGAUUUUCGUUAAAAUUUGGUCUGAAAGGGUUGAAGAGUAACGAAGAGCGAGUGCCGAUAUUAAAGACUCUAAGUACCGCAUGCGACAUUGCAUAUAAAAACGACAGUAACAAUGACUACGUCAAAACUUUGUUUGAGAUGUCAGCGUCCCAUUCCGAAUUUAUUAAUAUCAUGUUGGGCUCAUCAGAUACAAAAAGGUACCUGCUAGAAUUAUUAUGGAUUUUAAUGCGAAAGAAUAAAACAGUGAUGACAUCGACGCAUGUACCCGUUUAUCUGGCAGCAUAUAAUGCUACUUUAAAUGAAGCUGAUCAGUAUAUUUUAUUGAUUUUACAGUAUUAUGAGAGUAACGAUAUUAAUAUAUACGACUAUCGACCAUACGUGUGGGGAAGUGCGGCUGCUAUGCAUUACAGCGUGAAGGGAGAGACAGCUACGAGUUUAUGGAGGCAACCGUCCGUUGCUCAAGUUUUAAAUUUAUUCGAGGAAGAUAUAGUAAACAACACUAUUAGAAAUUAUCCCGUAGACAGAGCUUUGAAAAGUAACGAACUGUGUAAAGGGAAUGAUAUAUACGAUCCAGCAUUCUAUUUACCCUUAUUAUCUUUUCUGCUGUCGGAAAAUAAUGUUGUACAUUGUCAAAAAGUUGCUCAAAGCGGAGCUCUGGCUUUAGCACUUGCAGCGUGCAGUAGCAAACAUUCUGACGUUCGUAUGGUAGCUUAUACUACCAUCGCUAGGUAUUAUACUCAUUUGGAAGCUUCCAGGUCAAAAGCAAAAUUAUUAUGGAUGCGAUUAAUAGAUGUGAUGCGUUACGGUAUCGUAUCGUUACAGACAGAACUUAACAGUGUACGAGUAAAUUGUUUGAUCUCGACAUUCUUAGCGAGAACGUCUUUAAUAGCCACGCAGCCAUUGCAUCCCCUUUAUUCGGUCCUCCAAACAUUUCUGAUGGCUAAGCCAGCGUUAGAUUUGAAUACAAUACCAGAACUGCUGCAAUUGUUUCAUAGUUCUGACGUACAGCACAAAGCACAUAGAAAUUGGAUCUUGGAAAAUAUCCGCGAUGGCAUAAAGACUGAGAGCGAAUUGAACGUUGCUUUCAAAUGUGUCUUGUUUAAAAUGCUUCUAGACUUUUACUCUUGUAUUCUUUCCGAUUUGAACACAAAGAGACUUAUCUUAGAGAUUAUUGACGCGGUAUUAGAAAUUACGAAAGCUGCUACGCUUCUGAUGGAACAUCAUGGAUUGCUUCCUUGGUUGUUAGAAGUUGCAGGCAAUUUGAAUAAACACGACUCACGAUCUAUUGAGCUAGUAGUGAAAAUAAUGGACAAAUUAUUGAAGACUAUGGGCACGAAAGGAGACGGCAUGCCUUACAAAUUAAUGCUCUUAAAUGUCGCGUUUCGUUUAAAGUCACAUCUAGUCUCGGAUAUAAAUAUUAGCACUUUCACGUUGUACGUUAAUAUUUUACAAAAAUUAUUUCUGUCGAAACAAAUAAGAGUAACCGUUACUAAAGAGGAUAUAAUUGAAGUUGUCGAAUUUUCGAAAAGAUUAUCAAUCGACGUAGAGGAAUGCGAGGAUAUGUUACGUUUCGGUUGCGGAUAUAUAACUGAGAUUAAUUGUAGAAAAGACGGCGAACUCCAGAUCGCGAGAAACGCCUUGAGAACAUUAGUUUGGACGUGGUGUGGCCACAAGGUAUAAUGAUAUAAUUAAGAUGAUUUUAUGUGCGAAUUACUGAAAUUAAAUUGUACAUAUAGACAUAUAUUUUGUAAAAUAUAAUAUUUUAUAGAGAUUUUAA